UUCCCACCCGUGCGUCAAUUUCCGCGUCCCAAACGAUCAAACCCUCAUUUGCUUUAAAACCAGCGUCGUCUCAAUCUCAUGCAAAAUUCCGAAGGCGGUCUUCCGAGAGCAACAGCUGCUCAGGCAGGCAGGCAGGCAGGCACCAACAGCCAACCCGACGCAAGGAACCAAUUAACCACCGUCCCGCUGAUGUCGUCGGCGACGCCAGCGCCCGCGCGCCACCGGACGUGCCGCACGUACUGGUGCUACCAGUGCGGCCGCGCGCUCCGCAUCAUCUCCUGCCCGUCCACCGACGUCUUCUGCCCGCGCUGCUUCGGCCGCUUCCUCCACGAGGUCGACCCGCCGACGGCGCGCCACGGGUUCCCGCCGGCGCACUUCCUUCCGCACCCGUUCCACCCGCAGCACCAGUACGCCGGCCGCCCGCGCCGCUGGGUCAUAUACGGCGAGGAGCCGACGACGGUACCAGGCCGUGCGUUCCGCCAGCCUGCGCCGGCACAGGGACCUGCCACGCCUCCUGCUCCUGCACCGGCGCUGGUUCGACGACGGCGCGUGCCUUCCCCGCCGCCGGCGCCGGUGCCGCGGCGGCCGUCCACGCCCCCGGCCAUCGACCCCGGGGACUACUUCAUGGGGCCGAACCUGAACAGCCUCAUCGAGGAGCUCACGCAGAACGACAGGCCGGGGCCGGCGCCGGCGCCACCGUCGGCAAUCGACUCGCUCCCGACGGUGCGGGUCGCCGGGGCGCACCUGUCGGACGGCUCGCAGUGCCCCGUGUGCAAGGAGGACUUCGAGCUCGGGGAGGCCGCGCGGCAGCUGCCGUGCAAGCACGUCUACCACUCCGAUUGCAUCGUGCCGUGGCUCCGCCUGCACAACUCCUGCCCGGUCUGCCGAUACCAGCUACCUAGAGCCGGGUCCAACGGCAGCAGUCAGGCCGCACCUCGCGGCGGAAGCAACGGCAGCAACAACAGGAACAGGGAGAUGGAGAGAGAGCCCCUGACGAUGGUGCAAUGGGGGCCAUUCUCCUGGCCGUUUCCACCGCGCGGGAUGGACGACCCCGGCGACGCGUGGGAGCACGGGCAGCGCGGCAGGCACGACGCGGCGGACGCCGGCGCAUUCUACGCUUGGUGGCGCUCUCUGUUUUUCAUAUAGAUGUUCUCGUGGAGUCUUUAUCGCAUCCAAAGAUGUAUGCCUCCUACCCUUAAGUGAUCCGCAUCCAAAGAUGUACGCCUCCUCCAGAUUCAGAAUGCCGACGUGCUAGCAACCUAACAGCGAACUACAGGUAACUAUGGCGCCGUUC